AUGGGUCAAAUAUUCAGUCGUGCCGGCAAGUUCCGGCGGAAAACGAAAUGUCAAAUCGAAAAGCAAGAACAACCAGACCUAUCGCUACAAGCUGUCCAGACUGAGGAGUCGGCCUCGGCGGCGACCCAAAUCCAAAAUGAAGAACAACAUGAAGAGCAAUAUCAAUCAACAUCGAAAGUCAUGGGCCUGCCUCUGGACGUGAUAGUCAUGAUAUUCGACCUUUUGGACGUCCAUGACGCGGUAGCCUUUUCUCUCGCAUGCAAAGGCCUUCACGACCACCUUUUCGCCAACGCCCGAACCCUCUUCAAGGCCGCCAGCCGGGAAGACAAGUUCAAGGUGCAGACGAUGCUGGAGAAGGAUCUUCAAUAUGAUCAGAUCUACUGCCCCUUCUGUAGGACCUUCCACAGCCUCCACAAAGCUUACCGCAAGUCAAACUGCGCCGAAAGUGGCAAACACCAGGUGUCUCUAUUCACCACACACGUACCAGGAGAGAUGACCUCGGCGCUGAGCUAUCUUGAUGCGCGUGCGAUAAUGAACGCGGUGUUCUUCAAGCGGCCCUCCGCAGAGGGCUACCUCAAGUGGCUAGAGCGGAGGAUCCAGACCGGGACCCGGGAAAGCUCAUGGCAGCAGGUCUGGAAGGCAAAGGUGAUCAAAGGGGAGCUGUUCCUCAUGAUCGUGACGGGGCACGACCGGAUAUCCACCACCAAAGACAAGGACGAGUUCGCCCUCAGCGUGUGCAAGCACGUCCACAUCCGCGGGAAGUUCCCGCACCUGUGGGCCCUUCAGCUCGGAGCUGAGCUGGAUAUGCCUGUUUACAUGCAGGAGGCGGGCUGCGGGGACCUGUAA